UCUAACGUAAAUCUCCACGAACAUACUGGCAUGUCCAGUUUUGAGCUGGAGCCUGUGGACGGUGGUGCUUCGAUACCACUGCCUGAGGGAGAAACUCAAAUUGGAAGAGGUCCAUUUCUCGGGGUCAGUGAUAAAAGGGUGUCCAGACAUCAUGGCCUGCUGGCGAUCGUGGACGGUCAGCUGCGAAUCAAACCUACCCAUCAGAACCCCUGCUUUUAUCAGCCCUCUCUGGGGGACCCCCCGGAACCCCUGGAGAAAGACAGGUGGCACCCCCUGCGCCCCGGGAACCUGUUUUCUCUCCUCCCUGGGAAGUACACCUACAGGGUGGCGUCCGUCAACACUGAGGACACUCAGAGGAAUAGUCUGACUGUUGAAGAGGAACAGCCUGUUGCAGGCGCGCCCCCCGCCUCCGCUAAACAUGACGAAGAGCCGCUGUGUUCCCCUGAACUCAACGGGGAGGGUGAGCCGACCCAAAACAGCCCCCAGGACCAACAGGCGGAGCCCACGUCGUCCAGCUCACGGCAGAAAGAGGAGGGCAACAAAAAAGAAGCCACUGUUACCAAGGAGCAGGAGCCGGAGAGCAGAGAGCUAGGCCCGAAGCCGGAGCAGAGGAAGAGGGUGCUGCCCGCCUGGAUGAUGCAGAUAGCUUCUGACGUCAGCAGCCCCUCCACUUCCACAGGUGACAGGAGGCGGGGCAAGGGGAAGGCCACGCCCACACAGGCCAAGCAGACCCGCCCCAGGAAGGGCAGGAACAGGUCGGUCUCCUCAGAGGAGGAGGAGGAGUCCGAGCGGAGAGGGGCGGAGCCGGCUCCCAAGAAGAGAGCGAAGAGGCUGAAGAGCGAGGAAGAGGAGGAAGUGGACACGCAGUCCAAGCAGGCAGCGUCAGCAGAAGCGGUGACCAGGCGGCCCAGGGGGCCCAGCAACGACGCGUCGGGGGAGGCGUCGGACUACGCGGGCCGGGGGUCCGACACGGAGAAAGGGGAGGGGCGCAGAAAUGGCGGACGCGCCCCUAAGGCCGGACCUCCGGAGGGGAAGAGAGGAGCGGAUGUGACGGGCAGAAGGGAGAAGGAGAGCCUGUCUCAGGACGGAGAGACGCCGGGGGGAGGACAGGAAGUGGGCAGCGCAGAAGGGGCGGGGUCGACCGGCAGGGCGGGCCCCUCCCAGGCCAAAGCCAAGGCCCCGCCCAGACCCCCCUGCCCCUAUGGGAAGGACUGCUACAGGAAAAACCCGGUUCAUUUCAAGGAAAGCAGCCACCCAGGCGAUAGCGACUACCAGGAGGAAGAAGAUGAGGAGGGGAAAGAGGAAGAUGAUGACAGGCCGGAGUGUCCUUACGGAACUUCCUGCUACAGGAAAAAUCCGCAGCACAAAAAGGAAUACAAGCACACCCAGGAUCCAGGUACAAAGGCUCGCUUGGAUGAUGAAGACGACGGCGAGGAAGAUGAGGGGGACGAUGACAGCUUCAUUAACGAUGACAGCGGGGACCUGGACGAAGACUCGGAUUACGUCCCGCCCGAAUCAGAGGAUGAGGAUGUUCAGAGGCUGAAGAAAGAGGCCAAGGCCUUCCUGAAGAAGAAAAGAUGAGACUAACACACACACGCACACACAAAAACACACACACAAAACACAUACACACACGCACACACACAUACACACAUGCACACACACACACACACACAUACAUGCAGGCACACACGCUCAUGCAUACACACAUAUGUGCACACACACACAUGCAAACACACACACACACACACACACACACACACACAGCUGCUCUGCUUUAUCUCAGCGAUCUCGUGGAUGUAACUAACCGGCAUUGUAGUUCAAAUGAACUGAAACUUGUAAAUAUGUAUCAUAUUUGUGCAUUCAGUUAAAGAGACUGAACAGCUUAAUCUUAGCAAUAAACAUUACUGGUGUUUUUUAAACUACUGUGAGGAGAAGAAGCUUGAAAUCAAGCAAAAUUAUUCAGAAUGUAACGUGGCCAUCGGUCUGAGUUUACUUGCUGUUGGGAUCUGUUUGUUCGAAGGGGAUUUUCAGAAAGGACUGGCCUAGCGAGGACCUCUCCUGAAUCCUCUGCUGUGGACUUAUCGGAGUUCGAUUAAUCAGCCUUGGUCGAGCUCGUUUAUUUCCCUGACCCUGCAAAGUGACGGGUUUCCCUCCAGCAAGAUAACUGUGUUUUAGGCUCCCCGCCUUCCCUCUUCCGAAAGGUUAAUCGCAAAUGUCCUUUCGAAACGGAGAACGUGCUGUUCUGCUCUUAGUGGAGUCUUCCCUGAGUAAGGAGGUGCAGCGAGGAUGGCAAAAGGAUUUUUACAGAAGGGUCUGCACACGCAUCCAGUCGCUUAAGGAGGUGCAGGAAAACUGUCUGGGGAGAGAAAUUAAUGCAGUCCGCACACCACGACAACAUGCUCACUGCUCUCAAUAGCUCACGUGGGUCUAUGAUGUUAUAGAACUUCCUGUUAUUUAUUUUUUUAUAUAUUAUUUCCUUAUAACAGGGAGGGAAAUAGUUUCAGAAACCAAAUUUGAGAGAAAUCAUUUAAAUUUGUGAAGUAGCGGUCAUAAUUCGGCCUUGUCUGAUUCCAUAGAUCCGGGUAGAGCAGAGCUAUCAGGGUUUGGCUGGCUUUUGGCUUCACCUUAAAAUCGACCAAAACUCAGAACCCAGACAAGAAGCCUUGUUAGGCGAGUUAAUCCUGUAAUCGAGUGCUUUAAUUGGUCAAUUAAGCGCAGAGUCACAAUGUAAACAAGGAGACCACCUGGCCUCUAGAACUUUAAUAACCGGGCUCGGGAAUCCCAUUGACAUUCUGCACUGCCCUUUUCUUCAUUUAAAUGACUUCUCUUAUGUGGUUUGAAGGUUUCUUAGUGUGCAGCACAUACUCUUCUCAGGCAUAAUAUUGCUUAGGGUAUUCACCAGGGUAACGAAUACAUCACAGACUAGCAUAUGAACACUGAGCAGCACAUGCGUGUGUUUGUGACUGGCUUAGCAUUCCGUGUUAUUUCAUACCAUCUGGCCAGAAUGCUUAAUAAAAAAAUAAAUAAACGUAUAAAAAAAAAAAAACUGCCUUAAUUUGUGUAGGAAUUGUUAUGUGUAAUUCGAACGGAGCAGAAUCACAUUUUCAGAUUUGCGAGUAAGGAGAUGUGAGCUGGCAGGCAGUGUCACAUGACUCCGUUACAGAACGUGAUGUCCUCACCACUGCAGAGAGCAGGCGAGGGUGCGAUCGGUUUCCUCGGCUGAGGGUUGGAUUUCUGGGCUUGCCGUUUCACGCUAGUGGCACGGGCUUUGCACGAGAGGUAACGGAAAAUCUUUUUUUUUUUUUUUUUUUUGUAAAGCCAGCAAACAAAUCAAAGACAGCGUACCAUAAAUUAUUUGGGUUUUCUCAGAAAAUAAAUGAUGAAAUUCUAUGAAUCUCCA